GGGAGCGCCAUGCUGACCACCGGCUGCCAACAGAGCCAUCAAUAUAGCAAAAACAGUAAGCCUGUACGAGGCGGGUUACACAUGGCUUGUGAGAAGAGAGGCUGCUUCUGGACAAAUGUGCUCUCCAUCCUGCUCGUCGCCGCAGGCUGCAACGCCGACGAAGCUUCUGGAGCGACGAACAGCGUCACAGUCACGUCCAACUUCGUUCCAUUCUACAGCCACCCUCAUAUCCACGCCGUGCAGAGAUUACUGAAGCUAUCACGGAAUACGCACACAGAGAAGGAAAAUGCCCUGAAGAGGAUUUUCCUGUCUACGCCAAAUGUAACUUGCAACGAUGGAUCUCCUGCAGGCUUCUACCUACGAAGAUCAAACAACAGUAAUAGAUGGAUAGUGUUCCUUGAAGGAGGAUGGUACUGCUUUGACACAGAAACAUGUCUUAAUCGCUGGACGGAACGGCGUUACUUAAUGAGCUCUUCCCAUUGGCCCGAAACACGUACUGUUGGAGGAAUAUUGUCUCCUAACCAAGAAGAAAAUCCUUUUUGGCAUAAUACAAAUCAUGUGCUAGUACCUUAUUGCAGCAGCGAUUCUUGGAGUGGAUCAAGAAACAAACCUUUGAAGGAUCUACAGUUCACAUUCAUGGGUGCCAUUAUUGUAUCACAGGUUAUAGAGGAUUUGUUGCCUCUGGGAUUAAGCAAAGCAACAUCCCUAAUGCUAGCAGGUAGCAGUGCUGGUGGAACUGGAGUCAUAGUCAACCUUGAUGUAGUCAAAGAUUAUUUACACAACAAAGUUGGCUUGCAGCAAAUAGAAGUGAGAGGUGUUUCUGAUUCUGGGUGGUUUCUGGACAGAGAUCCUUACAUUGGCAAUUCACAAAGUCAAACCUCAUCAGUAACGGUGCGCAAAGGGCUGGCAUUGUGGCAAGGUCAAUUGCCUGCUCGUUGCGUUCAGAAAUAUUCAAGUGAUCCAUGGAACUGCUAUUUUGGGUACAGGUCAUACCCAAUGUUAUCAGCUCCAUUGUUCAUAUUUCAGUGGCUUUUUGAUGAAGCUCAAAUGACAGCUGAUAAUGUAGGCAUACCUGUGACAAAGCAGCAAUGGGACUACAUUUACAAAAUGGGAGACAGCCUUCGCAACACAUUCCAGAAUGUAUCUGCUGUGUUUGCACCAUCAUGCAUUUCACAUUCUGUCCUCCUGAAGAGAGACUGGCUGUCAAUAAAGAUUAAUGAUAUAUCACUUUCACAUGCUUUAAACUGUUGGGAAAUGAAAUCAUACAAAAAACAACUGAUGGAGCAGUGUGGAGAUCAAAAAAAAUCAAUGACAAGCACAGGAACAGCUCGCUCACUUGCAAGUGAUAAGAGUACACAACCAAGAAUACGAUUUGGCAGUACUUCCAAAGAAGCAUCUUUGAAGGCUGGUCGUAGUGACAGGAGGAGGAGACGCAGAAAGAAGCACAAUAAUCACCAGAGAAGCAGGAAGACAAGAAUAAGAAAUAGAAAGAAAAAAGGAAAAGGAAGGCAGCACAACUGCAUGCGUUCACCAAGAUAUGCAUCACACACACAUCAGAACUCCAGAGAUUCUAAUGACUCAUGUCAUUAUCAUAUAAUAGAAAGGUGUUCGUGGCCACAGUGCAAUCAUUCAUGUCCAAAACUGCAGAACCCUUAUACAGGAGAAGAAAUGGACUUCAUUGAAUUGUUAAAAUCAUUUGGCCUUGACAUGGUGAAUGUUGCAAAUGCACUUGAUAUUGACAUUCAUACACUUAACAAUAUGGAUCAUGAGGAAUUGCUUCAGUUACUUACACAACAAGCUAACUGA